UAUCGGAAGUAAGAGUGAAUGUUUUAUACCUAAAAAUUUAGCUUAACCGACACGUUUAUGAUCGACAAGAGACAUUGGCUGUAACUGUCAAGAUGACAUUGAUUACGCGAAAAUAAUGGUUGUUAAUUCGCUGAUUUUUCGAUAUGAUAAUUCUUUGACCUAAUCGAGAAAAAAAGAAUCAAAUGGAAAUUCCGAAUACUUAAUAAAAAUAAUAAUUCGGGUAAAUCAGCGCGAUGUAAAUGUCAAUAGGUCACUUGCAUAACGUGUUAUUAUUCAGAUGUAGAUUCAGUCAGUCACCGUGAUAUUCAGCUGAUGACACUCGCAAAUAGCAUUGUCGUUUGCACGAGGAAAUUACCUAAUCAAUUAGACCAACGUAAAAUCAGACAGCGCACGCAAUAGACUGUUGUUAGUUAUAUUAUGUUUUAUACAUUUAUUGCGUAGUUGAAGUGCUGAGAAAGUCUGUAUUAUCAUUGUUUUAUCGAGUCUGUUUUGAUAAUCACAUACACAGCGCUUAUUCAAAGAUAACUUGUUCCAUUACUUCAUCAACGUCACCAGCAAUUGAGAUUAAACUGUUGUUGGUUCGUGACGGUUUGCAUUCAGUUUUAUCUGCGAUACACAGACAUGGAUAUCGUACUUCUCUCUUCGAUUUUCGCGGUAAUCGCGGCGAUCUAUUUUUAUUUAACCAAAAGAUACAGUUAUUGGCGCGAUCAAGGCAUUCCCUGCCCGAAGGGUAUCUUUCCCGGUUUCGGACACAUGUGGCCGAUGAUAUCCAUGAGAAUGAAUAUCUCCGACUUCAUCCAGCACAUCUACAAUAGUCAGCCGAAUUGCAGCAUGGUCGGAUUUUACAACAAAAUGACGCCCUCGUUGGUGGUGCGUGACCCGGAACUGGUAAAAACGGUGAUGCAAACAAAUUUUUCGAAUUUCUCCGACAAUAUGUUUUUGCUCGAUCCUCAUCUGGAUCCGUUGCUCUCGCUAAACCCUUUCUUCUCGAACGGCGAGAUGUGGAACGCGUCCAGGAAGCGCUUGGCUCGCGCGUUCUCCAGCAUGCGAAUGAAAUUGCUGUUCGGUUGCAUCGAGCAGGUGUGCGACGAGUUCGAGGACUAUCUGGAUCGGUGUCUGAACAGCGGCGUGUCGGAAUACGAGCUGAAAGAUCUGUUCUCGAAGUACACCGGCGAGUUCGUGGCGAACGGCGCUUUCGGCGUGAAGGGUUUUUGUUUCAAACACGACAAAGCGCAAUCUCAGACUUCUUUUCAAACAAUAGGCAACUUGAUAUUCGACUCGAGUUUGCUCAACAGAAUUAUGGUAAACCUCACCUUCUUGCUGCCCAAACUCACUAAGAUUUUCCGGAUUUCGUUUCUGCCCAAAGAGGUGGACCGUUUUAUUCGAAGCACCGUGAAAGAGAUUCUGCGUCAUAGACAGCAGGAGAACCCAAAAAGAAACGACUUCUUUCAGUUGAUGAUGGAUCUCGACAAGAACGAGGACGGGGUCUACGACGAACGGGCUCUUGCUGCCGACACUCUCAGUUUUUUUCUAGACGGAUACGAGACGACCAGUAUCACGCUGAGCUUCAUCGGUUAUCAACUGGCCCGACAUCCGCAAGUUCUGCAGAAACUUCGCGAAGAAGUGGAAUCCGUGCUCGCCAAGCACGACGGCCGAAUGACGUACGAGUCUCUGGAGAAAAUGACGUACAUGGACCAAGUGAUCAGCGAGUCGCAGAGGCUGUACACCGUGCUGGCCGUUAUGCCGAAGUUUUGUACCAAGGAGAUCGAGUUGAAAGGCUCCGACGGAUUGUGCUGUCGCUUGCAACCCGGUAUGAUGGUAAUAAUACCUGCACACGCAAUACACAUGGACUCGAAAUACUGGCUCGAUGUGGAAACGUUCGAUCCAGACAGAUUUGCCGCCGACAAAAAAACAGAGAUCGACAAGUACGCCUUCUUGCCGUUCGGUAAGGGUCCGAGAAUGUGCGUGGGCAUGAGAAUGGGGAUCCUGCAGAUGAAAGUUUUUUUAGCGACAUUCGUGAGAAGAUACACGUUGGAACUGUCGCCGAAAACUCAGCUACCAUUGAAAAUGCUGCCUGGUACUGUUAUGACCACACCAGCUAGUGGAUUAUGGGCUACUAUCAAACGUUUGUAAUUUUUUUGGAAAAAGAAUUAUAUAUUGAGUUUGCGUUUUAUUUUUUUAUUUUUAUUUUAUCAAAUUACUUAAUAAUCAUUUUAAUAUUUUUACAUGCUGCGCGAUUAUCCAAUAACACGCAAUUAUUAUCGUUGGAAUUUACGCAACAUUAAUUUUUUUAAAUCUGGUUCCAAUUUUACGUAAUAUUUAUUAUGUCUUUCGUAAUCUGAGAUAAUAAUGUUACGUAUAUAUAACGAAUGAUAUUGCAAUUAGCUGUAAGAUUUCUCUUGAUCGUGACACAGCAGGUAUUUAUCAAAUUCUCGGAAAUACAACAAAUUAUGUGAUAUCACGCAGUUAAUAUUACGCAAUUACGUGAAAAAGUACUAAGCAAUUAUAUAAAAUAAGCGAAAGAGAGAGAGAGAGAGAGAGAGAGAACAAAGGACGAGUAAAAGAAAAUUUACAUGUGUACAAUAUUAAUUAUAAUAAAUA